AUGAAAGGCGGCCAAGACACCCACGCGCCUAGCGAAGUGUACACCUAUACAGAAACACAGGUUUGAGUAUUCUCAGCUGAAGUAUCUGGCCAGUGAACUGCUUCCCUAUCUUGUGGGAUCACACCUUGACUAACUUUGUCUUGCCUCCUAAACCCAGGUGCGCAGCCGUGGACUGCGCCGUCGGCGGGAUCUACCUCACCACUGAUGGUGAGCACUUCUUCUUCUGGCUCUGGGGGCUUAGUAAGCUCGAAUAAUCUGAUGACCAAUGCCCUGAUGUGUCUCUGCCAUUGCUUUUCUCUCUGCUGCAGGCAAACAAUGCCUCACCUGCACGGACCCCUUCGCCGAGACCUGCAACAGUACUACGACCUUUACCUGCGGGACCAACUUCAAUCUCGUCGACGGUAAAUGCGUUUAUGGCAACCCUUACGGGCAGAUCCAAGGUUAUGGCUUGUCCAAGCCCUACCUACCCAAGCAGCAGCCCUUCAGGGGAUUCCAACCCGAUGACCUUGACCCCCAAAACUGCGUACGCGUCCAGAAACAGGCUCGGGGUGGGUCUUGAAACCUUACGUGAUCCGUCCAUGUCAUCCUACUGAUCGCCUUCAGCUUCUACUUGCCUCAGUAAUCUACUACACUGGCAAUGCGGAUGGCGCCAAAAAAUGUACCGGGCAGAACGGCCCUCUGUGUUGCAAAACCAUCCUGGUCGCCUUAACCAGUACACCAAAAGUGAAGGCACCUUCAAGAGAUGCAUGCGCCGAAUCCUCUUUCAACACUCUGGACCAGAAUUUGGUCAAAACCGCCGACGAGACUGCGAUGGUGUUGCUCCCAGGGAACUGCUCUGAGCUUUCGAAGAGUGCAUUCGUCGCCGCCAACAAAGCCGCCUGUAAACAGGUCUACAUUGGCCGCCUCAAGAUUCCUACUUGA